AUGUCUAGUACUACACUACCUCUCACUGUUGACUGCAGUGAGAAGCUCAAUGUCCAUGGCAAUUGUAUUGCCAUGGACAUCAAGAACAUUCUCAUAGACUGGCCAACAUACAUGGUCAAGUUCACCCCCAAGAAGCCAGGACCUGUAAAACUAAUGAUACAUUUCAAAAAUGCUUCAAAAGGAGUCUGGGUUGAGGAUGAGGACAGUGACACCAAGACAGUGACAGUCACGACUUGCAAGAGCUCCUCCACUUGUGCUAGUACCACCCAUGAUGCUGACACCACGUUGGUUUCUGAUAUGCCCUCUGAGUCUAAGGAUGACAUGCAGCUUGUCAGCACAACUCCAGUACACUUCAUCAGUAUCCCCAAAAACCCCUCAACUCUCAAAAAAUGCAAAUUCAGAGAUGAAGAUUGUCAUAUCCCACAUGCCAGACAUAGAUCCCAUCAUAUUCCCACGCUUUCCGGACCUAUUUCCGGACCCCAUAUCCAACUCAUUCCUGGAUCCCCCAUCCUGUCCACCCUAUGCACAUUCCAUCCAGCAAGACAUCUGGACUUUACCUCCUCUCAGAUUCUGGACUACAUCCACCACCUCACAUAUCUCAGUCCUGUUUCUGCCCUGCCUUCCAGAUCCCCAGAUCUCUGGACCUCCAGAUAUUAA